ACAUGUUUCACCUCGUUGUUUCCUUCUCCUCUGUUUCUUCAUCUCUCUAUCCAAUUUCCACUCUCUCUCACUCUCGCUCUCUCUACACACAUUAACACAAUCUCUCUCCCUCCCUCCCUCCCUCCCGUCUCUCUCUCUCUCUCUCUCUCGUGUCUCUCUCUCUAUCUCCACAGAUCUUAUUGAUCAACUGCAGACGUAUACGUACAAGGACUUGUACGUACACAUUAAUUGCGCCUAAUUCUAUCAGAUCCAAACCCUAAACCUCACAAUUGAAAGCUGGAGCAGCUAAAAACGAUCGGGAGGGAGCUCGCCAUGGGCUCCCAAGGCGGCUUCGGCCAAUCCAAAGAGUUCCUCGACUUGAUCAAAUCAAUCGGCGAGGCGCGAUCCAAAGCCGAAGAAGAUCGCAUCGUUCUGCACGAGAUCGAGACGCUCAAACGCCGAAUUAUCGAGCCGGACAUUCCGAAACGCAAGAUGAAAGAGUACAUCAUUCGAUUAGUUUACAUCGAGAUGUUAGGUCACGAUGCUGCUUUCGGAUACAUUCACGCUGUUAAAAUGACUCACGAUGACUCGUUGUUGUUGAAACGGACUGGUUAUCUUGCGGUGACGUUGUUUUUGAAUGAGGAUCAUGAUUUGAUAAUUUUGAUUGUGAAUACAAUUCAGAAGGAUUUGAAGUCGGAUAAUUUUUUGGUUGUGUGUGCGGCAUUGAAUGCGGUCUGUAGGUUGAUUAAUGAGGAGACGAUUCCAGCUGUGUUGCCACAGGUUGUGGAGUUGUUGGGACAUAGUAAGGAGGCGGUGAGGAAAAAGGCAGUUAUGGCUUUGCAUAGGUUUUAUCAGCGCUCUCCUUCUUCGGUGUCACAUUUGGUGUCGAAUUUUCGUAAGAGGCUAUGUGAUAAUGAUCCAGGGGUGAUGGGUGCGACACUAUGUCCUCUUUUCGAUCUUGUUUCAGUAGAUGUUAGUUCCUACAAGGAUUUAGUUGUAAGCUUUGUGAGCAUUCUCAAGCAAGUAGCUGAGCGAAGAUUGCCGAAGGCUUAUGAUUAUCACCAGAUGCCAGCUCCAUUCAUUCAGAUCAAGUUGCUGAAGAUACUAGCACUUCUCGGUAAUGGUGACAAGCAGGCCAGUGGACAGAUGUAUACUGUUGUUGGUGACAUAAUGAGGAAGGCCGAUACUACAAGCAAUAUAGGGAACGCCAUUUUAUAUGAGUGCAUCUGCUGUGUUUCAUCUAUUUUUCCUAAUACAAAGUUAUUGGAAGCUGCAGCCGAUGCAAUUUCCAAGUUUCUAAAGAGUGACAGUCAUAAUCUGAAGUAUAUGGGUAUUGAUGCCCUUGGUAGAUUGAUAAAGAUAAGUCCAGACAUUGCUGAGCAGCACCAACUGGCUGUAAUUGACUGCUUAGAGGACCCAGAUGACACUUUGAAACGAAAAACUUUUGAACUUCUGUAUAAGAUGACAAAGUCCUCUAAUGUGGAAGUCAUCGUGGAUCGAAUGAUUGAGUAUAUGAUAAACAUCAAUGAUAAUCAUUACAAAACCGACAUAGCUUCCAGGUGUGUUGAGCUUGCUGAGCAAUUUGCACCAAGCAACCAUUGGUUUAUCCAGACCAUGAACAAAGUCUUCGAGCAUGCUGGUGAUUUAGUAAACAUUAAGGUGGCACAUAACUUGAUGCGGUUGAUUGCUGAAGGAUUUGGAGAAGACGAUGAUACUGCUGACAGUCAACUGAGAUCAUCUGCUGUAGACUCCUAUUUGCGCAUCAUCGGAGAACCAAAACUCCCAUCAGCAUUUCUCCAGGUCAUAUGCUGGGUGUUGGGGGAAUAUGGAACCGCAGAUGGAAAAUAUUCUGCUUCUUAUAUCACUGGAAAGCUAUGUGAUGUGGCAGAGGCACAUUCAACUGAUGACACUGUCAAGGCAUAUGCGGUAACCGCGCUUAUGAAGAUAUACUCCCUUGAGAUAGCUGCUGGGCGACAAGUUGACAUGCUGCCAGAGUGCCAAUCUUUAAUCGAAGACUUAUGCGCAUCGAGCUCAACGGAUUUGCAACAACGUGCUUAUGAGCUUCAAGCAAUUAUUCGCUUGGAUGCUCAAGCUCUUGAAAAUAUAUUGCCACUGGAUGCUAGCUGUGAAGACAUUGAGGUUGAUAAAGGGCUUUCAUUCCUCAACAGUUAUGUCCAGCAGUCUCUGGAGAAUGGGGCUCAGCCCUAUAUUCCUGAAAGUGCACGUUCCGGGGUUUUAAAUAUGAGCAACCUUAGAAGCCAUGACCAACAGGAAACUUCAGGUCAUGCUCUUAGGUUUGAGGCUUAUGAACUUCCAAAACCCACCAUGCCCACAAGUAGACCUGCUACCAUAAUGCCCUCAACUGAGCUUGUCCCAGUACCCGAGCCAUCUUAUACGAGGGAAAUACACCAGACUCCAGCAGUGCCAUCUAUUUCUCACAGUGGAUCAGCAGAAUUAAAGCUUCGACUUGAUGGGGUUCAGAAGAAGUGGGGAAAGCCAACAUAUUCAUCUCCAGUGCAAUCAACCUCAAACUCUGAUUUUCAGAAGACUGUCAACGGAGCAGCUCAACCUGAUGCUACAGGUAGUACAAAACAAAAGGCACGGGAUGUAUCCCAUGAUAUAAAAAAACAGGAAGUUGAAAUACCCUCAGAAAAGCAAAGACUCGCUGCUUCUUUGUUCGGUGGUGUUUCUAGGUCUGAGAAGAGACAAACUGCUGCUGGCAACAGGGGGGCUCCGAAGGCAAACAGCGGUGCAACAGAAAGUCCUCACAUGACCAAGGUAGCUACUUCAUCUGAACCCAGUACAGUGAAGACCGCUCCUGUCCAACCUCCUCCAGACUUGUUGGACUUUGGAGAAUCAACUGCAACAAGUGAUGCCCCUUCCACGGAUCCGUUCAAGCAGUUGGAAGGUUUAGUUGAUGUAACACAAGAUGGAUCAGCUGCGAAUUCUGGUUCAGUUGCUACUAAAGCAUCUGAUUUUAUGUCGCUUUACAGUGAGAGGCCUGGCAAUGUGCCAAGUAAUCUGAUCGAUCCUAGUAUUGAUGUUAAUAUGAGUUCAGGUCUAUUAAAUGCAAGCAACAAUUUUGACCAUGGUGCAGGCGUGGUGGCACAGUCGCCUCAAUCAGCAAAUAAAGGUCCAAAUCUUAAAGAUGCUUUACAAAAGGAUGCUCUAGUGAGGCAAAUGGGUGUGACCCCUACAAAUCAGAAUCCCAACUUAUUCAGAGACUUGCUUGGCUGAGUUUAUAUGAAGGCAAUCUUUAAUUAAGAUUGUUACAACUUGUUGAUCAUUGAACAUAUUGUACAAUGUCACAAGCCAAACUUGCAAGGGGAACCACAAGUGCCAUCGGCAUCCGAGCCUCUUUAAAAUCUUUCUACAAUGUAGGUUGUAUGCAUGGUAAGUAAGGAAUUGUUUUGUAGGGCGGUAUAUUGUUAUCAGAAAUAGAUGAGUUGAAUUUUUGGUCGCUGCUUGAAUCAGACAGUUCUGUCUUUAAUGUGUUCUGUUGAGUGCUUUCUUGGCUAAUAUCACCAAGCGCCACACUUGGGUGACUUGGGUGGGAUUAUCCUCUGUUGUACGAGCCCCUUUUUUUUCUUCCUGAUAUUUUUAGUACCCUUAUGUUGAGACAACUUUUCCGUUGCAUAGUUAUAUUGUAGUACUAUCACCAUUUAUAAAGGAACCUGUUGGUUUAGUUGUAUUUGAAUCUUUAGUGAUGUAUUCUUGCCUGAAUUUGCUGUUUGCAAAUAGCAUGUAGCGGAUGAGUAAUGUACGUAGCCAUGUUAAAGUUUA